AUGUCGAUUUCAAGCUUGCUCGUUGUGCUCUCAACAUGUGUUUCUAUGGUGUAUACGAUAGCAGUUCCUGAACCCCAGAUCACGGCUCGCGCGGUCUUGCCUCGACAAACAGAUCAGCGAUUCAUUGGUUUUUACAGUACAUCUGGGGAGAUCACUUGGGAUACGGCUCGUUGUCAAGCCUCUUCCUCCUGGACUGUCUCGGGAUCAUAUGGUAGAUGUUGUAGCGAAGGAGUGUCUUGCACGUUCGCAACCCGAUGCUCAAGUGACUAUGCUAUCGUAGGCGGAAGUUCAGUAUCAUGUCCGUACACAUGUAAUACGGACUACGUUUAUGGGAGUACUGGAGGCAGCCUGUCAACCAAAUGGAUAGGUUGUGCGAUCGGCUAUACGUCGACGUAUUUCUACGAAACAGCACCCGCCACAGCCAUAUUCAACACCAUCUUCGGGACGUCAACAACAGACUCUACAACAGACACCCCUACGGGGACAGUUCGGCCGACAGUAACAGUCGCCCCCAUCGUCCCAACCUCAACCCCAACAACUUCGGUAUUCCGCACGAAGAAGAAGUCGAUGAUUUGGAUCGUAGGAGUAGUGAUUGGAGUUGUGGCUAUCUUCGCCAUUGCUGGAAUCAUAGCUUUCAUUCUGAUUUCCCGCAAGAAGAAGAAGGCGCGCGCAGCAGCACUUGCAGCUGGGACAGGAAACACAUAUGGUGGCGCGCCACCACCUAAUUUCCAACCACCAAUGCAACAGCAAUACAACCAAGGACCACCGAUGGGAGCUAUGGGACAACCACAAUAUGGACCUCCACCGCCAGAAGGAGGCUACUACGUCAACGAUCCCAAAAAUGCCCAAACCUAUUCCCAAACCCCUACAUCACCACCACCUCCAGUUUGGACACCAAGCCAACAACACUCCCCAACUCAACCACCGCCUGUUUCCCCUCAGACCCGACAUGCCUCUCUCGCUGCCAGCGACGUUCUCUCAGUAGACCAGCAGCGUACAGCAGGCAACAAAAGUCCCGGUGGAACCGUAAGCGAGAUCGGUACAAAUUCCAUCAACAACCUAGGCUCAAACCCAAGUCUGCCACCACAAAGUCCAACAGGAACACAUCUUACGAACAUCAGCGAGAUGAAUACACCACCUACGUAUCCGGCUCAGGUUGCGAAAGUACCGAUGCAGGCGCAUAAUAAUCAAGGCCCGGUUUCGGAGUUGCAAUAG